AAGUUGUGUAGAUGUCCGUAUACCUCAUAAUGAAUUCCAGUGAUAGCAGCACAAGUCAAACAGUCACACAUAAACCGCUGUUUUUUCUUUAAAAAAAAAAAAAAGAGCUUUGUGCCUUUUUGGGAUCCAUAUCCAACACUUAGGCCUGUUUAUAAUGUUUAAGAAACAAAAUCCCCUCAGUGUCUAAAUUCAGGGAGUGGCCAGAAAAAAUGGAUGUUUUAAGAAAUAAUCCCACGUGUCCUGUUCCACAGCGUCACUACACAUAACCUGCCUUCCCUAAAUGAUAUCCCUGCUCUUUUUCCUGCACAAUAAAGAUCUCCAUGUAAGAAAAUAAAAAUUUAAUUUAUAAAGUGAGCCUUGUGAACCUUUCUCUUCAGUUCUUUUCAAAUAUCUCCUCAGAAUUUCAAGUUUCCUCCACUGUCCCCUCAAUCUCAACCGCCCUUUCUUUUCUUCAGUUUUUCUUUACAGAUUAUAUAUGCUUCAAUAAUGCUGCACCUUUUCCUCAGCUUGUGGAAGGAUGUUGAUGGCUGCCAUGGCCACCAGGUCGCUCCCUUCCUCCCCCUGGGGCAUGGAAGAGGCUGCAGAAACAGUGGAGAGGGACAGUGGGCUUUGCUGGACCCAGAACAAAGAGACCUGUACAAGGAGGUCAUGCAGGAGAAUUACGAGAACAUCGUCUCAUUGGCAGAAUUUCCAGUUCCAAAACCUGAUCUGAUAUCCUUGUUGGAACGAGGGGAAGAACUGUGGGUGUCAGAUCCCCGAGUCCUGGUGGACAAGGAGACCCCAUCAUAUGCCAGUUCAGGGUUUUUGGAGCUCACUUGUGACCCCAAACAAGAGCAGGAGCAGCAGGAGCUGGGUUGUUCAGACUCACAGGGAAAUCAGAGUUCUUCAGGUGCCCACACAGGAUUCUCUGGCUUGGUCUCCUGGCUGGUCAGAGAGGAAGAACCCUGGAUUCUGCAGCUUCACGGUUAUGAGCAGAGGUCUGUCUCCCUAGAGAAGAAUUAUAACAAGCCACCUUGGCUACUACUGAGGAUUGGGGAGAACUUCAGGGUCCUACCAAAACCUGCAGCUGGCGGGAUGGCCGAUGAGACCAGUGAGGAGCAUCUUCAGCAAAGAGAUCUUGGGCUAGUGGGACCACAUGGGAUGGUACCAAAGGAAACUGAAGGAGCCGCCCCUCAACGGCACCAAACUGCAGGUCACAGGUCCUCAGCCCACACGGAGGGAGAGAAAAAGCACCAGUGUGCUGAGUGUGGGAAAGGGUUCCAUCGCAAAUCGAAGCUGGUGGAGCACCAGAGAAUCCACACAGGGGAGAAACCCUACACUUGCUUCGAGUGCAGGAGAUGCUUCCGAGUCAGCUCGCACCUCAUUACGCACCUGAGAACCCACAGAGGUGGUGAUGAUCCACUGAGCUGGAAUGAUUUGGUCAAGAAGCACCCAUGUCUUCUCUGUGGGAAAGCCUUCUCAGUCUCCUCUUCCCUCAUCCGACAUAUGCGGAUUCACACGGGGGAGCGGCCUUACCAGUGCCUGGAGUGCGGGAACAGAUUUGGCCAGAAGUCCACGCUGACCAUUCACCAGAGAACUCACCUGGGGGACUUGAGGGAAAAACACACGUGCCUUCAUUGCGGGAAGAGCUUCACUGAGAAAGCCGGGCUCAUGAGACACCAAAGGCUGCAUACAGGAGAGAGGCCCCAUGGGUGCUUUGUUUGUGGGAAAAGGUUUAACGACAAAGGAAACCUUGUGAAGCAUCAGAGAAUUCACCUGGGGCAUGAUCCUAAUGGCCUCAUGGCCGAGGAUGGAGCAGGCGGCAAGUGGGAGAAGAAGCACCCCUGCCCCGAGUGUGGGAAGAGGUUUUAUCACCGAUCGGAGCUCAAUACGCACCAGAGGAUCCACAGUGGAGAGAAACCCUAUGAGUGCCCUGAAUGUGGGAAGAAAUUCAGUUGGAAGCAGAGCCUGAUGAAGCACCAGAGAGUCCACAUGGAAAGCGAUCUGAUAAUCAAGCAUCCGUGCCCUGAGUGUGGGAAAAGCUUUGUGGAGAAAUCGAAUCUCUUGAAACACCAGAGGAUCCACACAGGAGAGAAGCCUCACGAGUGCUUCCAUUGUGGGAAACAGUUUGCCGCCAGAGGGGCCCUGAUUAUCCACGAGAGAAUCCACACAGGAGAGAAACCCUAUGGGUGCCUUGAGUGUGGGAAGCAGUUUGUGGACAAAGGGAGCCUGGUUAUACAUCACCGGAUCCACACUGGAGAGAAACCCUUUGAGUGCCGGGAAUGUGGGAAAAGGUUCGCCCAGCCUUCGGGAUUGGCUCAACAUCGGAUAACGCACCAUGGCGUGAAUGUUGCUGCAGAUUCUGAACCAGCCCAGACUUUUGUCAGGACGUUGGGGGGCUCUGUUGUUUUCCCCCUAGACACUCCAAAAGGGCAGAUUGUCAACUCUGUCACCUGGAUGACUACCGUGAGAAGAGGGGCAGCAGCUAUGUGGUUGCCAGGAAAACCUCUGACUGUCAUGAAUUCCAGAUAUUCGGGAAGAAUGACCUUCUCGGAAGAGACCCAUUCCUUGGAAAUAAAAAACCUGACUAUGGACGAUGGAGAAAUUUUUGAAGCGCUGUUGAGAACGGAUAAACCUGAUGACAUACCGCUGAAAAAAUACAUGCUGUUUAUAUUUAACAUCAGUGCCACAGAACACAAGUCGGAAAACAGCUCCUGCAUUCUUGAAUUGGAGUGUCAGGCACAAGUGGGGCCAAGAGUCGCUGUGACGUACAGCUGGAAAGAAACCAAAUCAGGGAUCACGCUUUCUCAAAAUGCCUGGCUCCAUGCCAUCAUCCGGCCUGAGGAGAAGGACCGUUCCUUCACCUGCACUGCACAGGCCCACAGAAAUCAGAGUGCAUGGGAGGUCGUUCCCUAUAAAAUGUUCUGCACGCCGUCAGGGGUUUCAGGACUAUUUGAACCUGGAUUGCUUGCCAUAGUGAAAGCCGUUCUCAUGCCUGCACUCCUUGCCAUCGUGACCCUGUAGUGACAUUGAACAAGACGAGAGCCCGCUAUGGAGAACUGCAAAAAAAAUAUACGUUGCUUUCCAGAUUUUGUUGAUCAUGUGUUUCUGCUUCCCCUCAACUUCCUCGUUUCCCUUUCUGCACAAAAGAGAAAAGUUGAUCGAAGUAACAGCAGAGCUGCAUUGCAGGAUCCCUGCAGGGUGCAAUUUUUAAUAGCACAUCAUGUCAUUGAGACAUCACCUCUUCUUCACCAUGGGCAGGACCUAUUUUUUGAGCCACACCUUUUAUUAAUCAUUAAUCUUUUUGGCCUUGGGGAGGGUGUCUUGUUACUAGCUUGGUCUGUCUUCAGGAUUCAGCUCCCUUCUCCAAGCGGGUCACUAGGUGUCUGCAUCUUGUCCAUAGUGCGCAUGGAAAUAAAUGCUCAUGAACACUAAAGCAAACACAGCCUACCUUCUGCUGAAGUCUGUCUCGAACAGUUGAUAAGCCCUUGUAAGGCAAUUUGCUUUUUCUACCAUGUUUUUUACCAAAGCAUGUAUUGGGAAUCAGUGCAGGAUAGGGCCAUUACAACAGAUUGGCUAUAGCUUUCUGCAGUAUUGAAUAGGAAAGGCUGUUAAAAGGGGCUUAGACAAAUUCAUGGAGGAGAAGUCUAUCAAUGGCUACUAGUCUGAUGGCUAUGGGCCACCUCCAGCCUCAGAGGCAGGAUGCCUCUCAAUACCAGUUGCAGGGGAGCAACAGCAGGAGAGAGGGCGUGCACAAACCUCUUGCCUGUCGGCUCCCCAGAGGCAUCUGGUGGGCCAAUGUGUGAAACAGAAUGCUGGUCUAGAUGGGCCUUGUGCCUGAUCCAGCAGGGCUGCUCUUAUGAGAGUGGGGAUGGAUACACAGGCAUCAAUCCUUUGCAAGAGAACUUGGCGAGAGUAUUAUGAGCAUGCCCAGAGCGGCCCUUUUAUGAGGCCAGGUGAGGCCGUCACCUCAGGGGGGAGAUUAUUGAGGCGCUGCAGGGCGGCAAGAUCCUCCUCACUAUCACCAUUGCAGGAGCUCUUCGGGACCCAUCUGACCCUUGCAAACUAUGCAAGGAGCCCCUCUCCUCACACGCUUUGCAAAGCUCACAAGAAGCACUAAGAGAGAGGAGGAGGCUGCAGGCAACCUUCCCUCCUCCCUGCCCGUACGCCCCUUUCGAAGCUUGCAAGGGGCUGGUGUAAGAGGGGGCUGGCCCCCAGCAGGGGCGUAGAGCAAAGCAGCAUUUUUCAGGAGCUGCAAGGCUUUGGGUCACCCCUGAGCGUGCCCCUGUUUCCAUCUGUGGGUUGUCAGAGGCCAGGACCUCCCAAAGGACACUGGAGGGCAUCUCUCAGAUCGCAGGCUUUUUUUGCCACACUACAGCAAUGCCAUACUAAAUGAGUCCGUGAACUGUCUUUCCGUGUCUGUGAGAGGGCAUAAGUAGUUGUGCGCAGGCAUGUUUUUGAAACCAAUGGCGUUUAUGAAACCUGUCCAGCAGGUGGCAGUAAUAAGCCACGCUGGUUUCUCAUGAGCUUUUCCGGAGGAAUUCCUCAACUCUUGUCUUUGCAGUCAUGGGCCUUGAUAGGGGGUUAGGAGGGAGGAUGCAGGGGCGUAGCUAUCAUUGAGCGAAAGGGUUCAAAGAACAUUGGCCCCCAGCUCCUAAGGACCCUCCAGCUCCAUCCCUCCCUAUUUUCUUCAUUAUCUCCCUCACUCUGGCGGGCCACCAGAGAGGGGGAUGAACACGGGCCUCUCCCCUAGCUACGCCCCUGGGAGGAUGGUGGCAAAGAGCCACCCUGUUUGUGUUCUUCUCACUUCUGAGCCAGUCCCACUGAUGUCAGGGGCAUUUGGACAUGGCAUCACACACUGUAUUUUUACCUGAAUCCAAGACUAGGAGGCUGUUCUCCUAAGCAAGCCUGGGUUCGGCUGCCCGUGAGAAGUACUGGGAUCCACGCAGACCCCAGUGGUCCCCUGGCACCAAACCCAGCUCCGAAGCCCUGAAUCCGUGCCCUUGACCCGGCUGGCAGUAUCGUGUGUCAGGGCGAGCUGCUUGCAGGCAGGCGCCUCGACGGCACAAACACCUAGUUUCUCCUGCACCAUUUUAUUUUAUUUUGGGGCCUUAAAAGAAGCCUGGCCUUGCCCUGUGUUUGGGGCCAGUGGCAGGCAGAUUUAUGUUGACGCUGUGCAUAUUUACUCAGAAGUAGGCAGGGAGUUGAACAGAACCCCAAACCCAAGACCAUUCCGAGAGGUUUUUGCAGUGAAAUGUUUUGGUCCCCUUGGGGACCAAACCCUUAAGUCCCCAAAGUUCAAUCAUCAGACACUGAGAAUAUAUUUUUUUUCCUGGAGGGGGUUGCGGAGGACGCCUUUCUGCUCCAGCUGUAUUUGGAGAAAUUGUGUUUCCCAGAGAGCCGCCUGAGAAGGGAAGGAGGAGCAGAAAAUGAGGGAGGAGAGCUGGUCUUGUGGCCGCAAGCAGGACUUGUCCCCUUAGCUAAGCAGGGUCCACCCUGGUUGCAUAUUGUUGGAAUAUUAUUUGCAAAUAGCUCUCAAACAGCCAAAAAGCACAGUUGGUUUUGCACGGACGCCUUAUCAAUGGUGCUUUUGGUGGCUGGUAGGUCAUCCCCCCCCUCCCAUCACCUUGAGGAUAUUUUAUGACACUGCUUGAAAGUAUGUCUCCCCAGGGAUGGGAACCAGGCCAAGGCCACAAGUCAGAUGUCUUGAGAAGUGGAACAUGGGAAAUAUAGUACUUGGAAGCAAAUCGGAACCUUUGGAGUUAAAAGUAAUGCUUUGGCUUGUAUACAAUGCGCAGGUGUGAAAUUUGUUGAUUGCACAGUAUAUGACGGAUGAACUGCCAGAGUAGGGGCCGGCUGCACCCAGAAGCUUUUUUUUUGCUAGCAAUGAAAUAAAGCUUUGUUUGAAACUGGA